CAGCCCGGCCCAUCCAUCCUCUCCCCCACACAUUUAUUUAUUUAUACCUCAACCUCUCCAUACAUCCAACUCAACAAUAUUAUUUCAUCACAAGAGAGGAGAAAAAUCUCAUCCUUUUUUGUUUUAAGACAAACAAAUUCAAAAAAAGAAGAAAAUAUUCUAAAUUACAAAGCACGUGGAGUGGAUGAUGAUGAUAAUGAAAAGGAUGGACAACAGAAGGUCGAACAGAGUGCUCUCCCAAACAGGCGUAGUGAUCAAGCAGAUACUGAAGCGGUGCUCCAGCUUCGGCAAAAAACACGCCGCCGGCGGCGGCGGCGGGGGGUUCGACCACCACCACCACGAAGACGGCCUCCCCCUGGACGUGCCCAAGGGGCAUUUCGCGGUGUACGUGGGGGAGAAGAGGAGCCGGCACAUUGUCCCCAUCUCCUUCCUGUCAAGGCCUGAGUUCCAAACUCUUCUUAGCCAGGCCGAAGAAGAGUUUGGGUUUGACUACGACAUGGGGGGCCUCACCAUUCCCUGCGACGAACCCUUCUUUCAAUCCUUGACCUCCUCCCUUACCUUGUUGUUACCUAGCUAGAUGUUUCCAAACUCAGGGGCGACAACUGACGACUUGAAAAAUCCGUGCAAAGAAAUUAAACAACAACAAAAAAUUAGAUGUGGAAAUUGUUAUGGCUUGUUUUUUGUUUUGUUUUUGUGCUCUCUUCUUCUGAUCAAGAAAGAAAGCAAAGUUGUAUAGUUUUUCCUCACUGUGUGUGGCGUGUUUGAUCUUCAGACGACAGUUGUAACCUGUGAGAGACUCUCGUAGUAUAGUCAUUAAUAAUAUUACUAAGUUGAU